UAAACCCCGGUAUAGAUCAGGUACCUGCAUUAGGGACAUGUACAGGUCACAUUUUAUCCUUUAUUCUUCAUUAACCUGCUACAUCUUACUAGAUUCUAUUAUCCUACCCUACCUUCGGGGGUAAUUUCCGAACCUCACAACAUUGGCUAUACAAACCCUUCCCAUACUGCAGCCUUGUCAUCGCCUCUCCUCCUUCUACACCCACAUCCAUACCAUACCUACACAAGAAACAUGAAACAACACACAAUGCCCAAGCCCCUAAACUACUACCUCUACCUCAAACCCUUCGCAACCCUCCUCCGCCUCCUCGCCCGCCUCCUCGCCCCGCGCCUAACCCCAACCCCAACCACAACCCUCCACAUCCCCUCCCGUGACCCAAACCGAACCAUCAAAGUCCACGUCUACACACCCCCGACCACCCAGCGAAAGCAACAACAAAAGGGCCCAACACCCCUCCUCCUCAACUUCUGCGGCAGUGGCUUCAUAAUCCAAGGCCACGGCCUGGACGACCCCUACUGCCACCACAUCGCCCAGAACACAUCCUACACGGUCUUCGAUAUUCAAUACCGCAUGUCCCCGGAACACCCCUUCCCGGCUCCCCUCGAAGAUGCAGAAGACGUAAUAUCCUGGGUUCGCUCCCGGCCCGAAGUGUACGACCUGGACAGGCUGGGUCUGAGCGGGUUCAGUGCCGGCGGGAACGUGGCGGUAAGUUUGGCGGCGAACCAUGAAGGGCCGUUUAAGGCGCUCGUUGCUUUUUACCCAGUUGUUGAUGCUGUGAGGUCUGUGGAGGAGAGGGUGGCGGUUGAGAGGGAGGGGGUGAAGUUGCCCGGGUGGUUUAUGAGGUUUUGUACGAAGGCGUAUUUGAGUAGGGGGGUUGAGCUCGUGGGGGGGCGGGGGGAUGUGAGGGUUUCGCCGAUUUUUAGGGAUGUAGUGGAUGGGUGGAAGGUGGAGAGGGUGCUUUGUGUUAGUCCUGCGAGGGAUGUUUUGGCCGGGGAAGUGGAGGAGUUGGCGGGGAAGUUGGCGGAGGGUGGGAAGACUGAGGGGGGGAGGUUUUUGAAGAAGGUGGUUUGUGAACGGGUCGAAGGGUGUGGGCAUGGUUGGGAUAAGGUGGCUAAGGAGGGGACGGAGGCGUGGGAGAAGAGGAUGAGAGUUUAUGGGAUGGUGGUUGAUUUGUUGAAGUGAUUUUUGGUUUUUCCGUUGCUCUUUAUGGGGGUGUUAUGGUUGGUUGUAAUGUAUAAUAGGGUUUUGUGGAGGGUUCCUUGUUGGGUUUCUUCGCUUUCAUUAUGUAUUCAUGGAUUCGCAUGGGUUGUAAGGAAUUGCGCC